GCCAGCUGGGCAAAAUCACCACUCCAGUCCCUAAGAGCAGCUUCUGGACACGGCUCUUUCCUCAGCCUGCCUCUCCACCCUAGCGCUCAUGCUUUGAGUACACAGGCCUUCACUUCUUGGGAAAUUUGUUUGUUCUUGCCUAGAAGCUGCCAAACUCCAAGUGAUCAUGCAGAUGGAACCAAAGACAAAUGUGCCACAUUCCUUUUCCGGGAUCCAGCAGAUAACCUUGCUGGACCGGGCCUGGAAAGAGCAGGCCGACCCCAUCAGCAGAUAAGAAGGCCGAUAGUAGCAGCCCUAAGCCAAGGCCAGUCCAACAGGAACCCAAGGGGGAUGAACCAAAGAAAGACGCACGGUCGGGGACAGACCCCUGCGGGCCAGGUGACUGGCAGGACCACAAGAGGGCGCCCAUGCAGUCGGAGCCACAGAGGCCAGGUGAGUCCUUGGGGCCCGGGUGUCCCCUGUGAACCGGUACACUACCUAGGAGCCCUGCGUCAGCGGCAGCGGGAGGAGAAGCAGCCGUUCGCACCGGACAGCUCCCGGCGUGAGAGCCAGCGAGGAGCGGCUGCCCGGCCGCCCAGUCCCCAUCCCAGGCCCUGUCCCCGGUCCCCGUCCCGUCCCGUCCCUGGAGGACAGCGAGGCCAGGCCCGGCGGAGACGGCCCCGCCCCCGCAAGCACGCGGCCAGCCCUGCUCCGGCUGGGGACAAAGCCCCGCGGGGAGUGCCAGGGACUGGCAGUGCCGAGAGCCAGCAGGCCGCCGGCCCGGGCCCAGCAGCGCGAGCCCAGAACUUCAUCUGAGGGCCUUUGUGGG